AAAAAUGUAAUAAUUAUAUACACUUAAUUAUAUUAAUUAUUCGUUUUUCAUUUAGGAUCUGAAAUAAUUCAACCUGGACAUUUACCAAGAGCACCAUUAGUCCUGAGUCCCAUUUUGACAGUAGAAUGCAAAACCGGAAUGCAAGAAAAUGAAUCAAUGUACACAUCACAAGAUAAUCAACAGAAGAAGCAUGAACAAACAUAUGGCUGUAUAGUUAUGCUGACUUUUGCUCCUGACGGUUUGCCAACUGCUGAGUGCAUCACAAAGAUAUUCAGGUCUAAACAACCACGAAUAGGCGUGCUUAUGUUGCAAGAACAGGAGAAACAUGUCUAUAGUAGAGCUGAAGAAUUCAUAGACGAUUGUUUCAAUCAGGUAGAUUAUGUUAUACCAAUACUAACAAGAGGAUACAUUGAAAGGAUCAACAACCCUGUGAAAAUGCAUGAACAGAUGCAUAACAAAUUGGAUACAAAAUAUUUGAAGUACAUAUAUUCCUUGUUGAGAUACGAAUAUGUAAAAAAUCAAUGCUGCAACAAUCGUGUAAGAUGUAUUGUGCCUGAUAAAGAUGUUUAUACGAUUGUACAA